GGGGAAAGGGGCGGAGGAUGGAGACCGACAGGGACCUGGAUCCCUGGCGCAGGUCAAAGCUUGCUAGUCGUCGAGAUGAGUUCCGGGGUGGAUGACGGGCCCAGAAACCCUGGGAGGGACUCGGAGUUCCAGGUUACCACCAAAGAACAUGAUUUUGGUCUAGGGGCUCCAGUUUCUGAAGCUGAAAAAUACCAGAAUAAACUCCAGCUAGAACAAGAAGUGAGAAAUCAAGAUAAAUUCAUCUCUGCACUGAAAUUACAGACUGGCUGCUCUCCCCUGCUAGAACCUCCAAACAAGCUCUCAAGACUGGUUUCUUUUGUGCAGAUUGAAGAUCUCAAACAGACAAAUCAUGGCUUGGAAGAAUAUGUUAGGAAACUCUUGGAUAGUAAGGAGCUGGUAAGCAGUCAAGUAGAUGAUUUAACGAGCCACAAUGAGCAUCUUUGUAAAGAAUUGAUUAAAAUUGACCAACUAGCAGAGCAACUAGAAAAAGAGAAAAAUUUUGUGGUGGAUACCGCUGACAAAGAACUCGAAGAAGCAAAGAUUGAACUCAUUUGCCAGCAAAGUAAUAUAGUAGUAUUGGAAGAUACAAUAAAAAGGCUUAGAUCUAUAAUUUUAGAGACUGAAAAAGCACAAAAUAAAUCUCCUUCCAGACUUGAUUCCUUUGUCAAGACUUUAGAAGCAGACAGAGAUUACUACAAGAGUGAAGCUCAAAAUUUGAGAAGGAUGAUCAGAAGUAGAUCUAAAAGUCCAAGACGCCCAUCUCCAUCUUCCCGGGGUACAAACUGUGAUGUAGAGCUUUUGAAGACGACAAGAGACCGUGAAGAACUUAAAUGCAUGCUGGAAAAAUAUGAGCGUCAUUUGGCAGAAAUUCAGGGUAAUGUCAAGGUUCUUACAUCUGAGAGAGACAAGACCUUUCUUCUUUAUGAACAGGCACAGGAAGAAAUUGCCCGACUUCGACGAGAAAUGAUGAAAAACUGUAAGUCUCCUAAAUCAACAACAGCACAUGCCAUCCUCCGGCGGGUGGAGACUGAAAGAGAUGUGGCCUUCACUGAUUUACGAAGAAUGACCACAGAACGAGACAGCCUGAGGGAAAGACUAAAGAUUGCCCAAGAGACAGCAUUUAAUGAGAAGGCUCACUUGGAACAAAGGAUAGAAGAGCUGGAGUGUACCGUUCAUAAUCUUGAUGAUGAACGGAUGGAGCAAAUGUCAAAUAUGACUUUGAUGAAGGAAACCAUAACCACUGUGGAAAAAGAAAUGAAAUCACUAGCAAGAAAGGCAAUGGAUACUGAAAGUGAACUUGGCAGACAAAAGGCAGAGAAUAAUUCUUUGAGACUUUUAUAUGAAAAUACAGAAAAAGAUCUUUCUGAUACUCAGCGACAUCUUGCUAAGAAAAAGUAUGAGCUACAGCUUACUCAGGAGAAAAUUAUGUGCUUGGAUGAAAAAAUUGAUAAUUUUACCAGGCAAAGUAUUGCCCAGAGAGAAGAAAUCAGCAUUCUUGGUGCAACCCUCAACGAUCUGGCUAAAGAAAAGGAAUGCCUGCAAGCAUGUUUGGAUAAAAAAUCUGAGAAUAUUGCAUCCCUUGGAGAGAGUUUGGCAAUGAAAGAAAAGACCAUUUCAGGCAUGAAGAAUAUCAUUGCUGAGAUGGAACAGGCAUCAAGACAGUCUACCGAAGCCCUAAUUAUGUGUGAACAAGACAUUUCCAGAAUGCGUCGGCAAUUGGAUGAAACAAAUGAUGAGCUGGCUCAGAUUGCCAGGGAAAGAGAUAUCUUGGCUCAUGAGAAUGACAAUCUCCAAGAACAGUUUUCUAAAGCUAAACAAGAAAACCAGGCCCUGUCUAAAAAAUUGAAUGAUACGCACAAUGAACUUAAUGACAUAAAGCAGAAGGUCCAAGAUACUAAUUUGGAGGUUAACAAGCUGAAGAAUAUAUUAAAAUCUGAAGAAUCUGAGAACCGGCAAAUGAUGGAUCAACUCCGGAAAGCCAAUGAAGAUGCCGAAAACUGGGAAAAUAAGGCCCGUCAAGCAGAGGCAGAUAACAAUACCCUCAAAUUAGAACUUAUCACUGCUGAGGCAGAGGGUAACAGAUUAAAAGAAAAAGUAGAUUCUCUCAACAGAGAGGUCGAGCAGCACUUAAAUGCAGAAAGGUCUUACAAGUCCCAGAUUUCUACCUUACACAAGUCUGUUGUAAAGAUGGAAGAGGAACUUCAGAAGGUUCAGUUUGAAAAAGUGUCUGCCCUUGCAGAUUUAUCUUCCACAAGGGAACUUUGUAUUAAACUUGACUCAAGCAAAGAACUUCUUAAUCGACAGCUGGUUGCCAAAGAUCAAGAAAUAGAAAUGAUGGAGAAUGAGUUAGAUUCUGCUCGCUCUGAAAUAGAACUCCUCAGGAGUCAGAUGACAAAUGAGAGAAUCUCCAUGCAGAAUCUAGAAGCUUUGCUGGUGGCCAAUCGAGACAAAGAAUAUCAGUCUCAGAUAGCGCUUCAAGAAAAAGAUUCUGAAAUUCAGCUUCUUAAAGAACACCUUUGUUUGGCAGAAAAUAAAAUGGCCAUCCAGAGUAGAGAUGUGGCUCAGUUCAGAAAUGUUGUAACACAGUUGGAAGCUGAUUUAGACAUUACCAAACGACAACUAGGGACGGAGCGCUUUGAAAGGGAGAGGGCUGUACAAGAACUUCGCCGCCAGAAUUACUCAAGUAAUGCUUAUCAUAUGAGUUCCACAAUAAAGCCAAAUACAAAAUGUCAUUCACCAGAACGUGCUCACCAUCGAUCUCCUGACCGAGGCCUAGAUCGAUCGUUAGAAGAGAAUCUUUGCUAUAGAGAUUUCUGACACACGAAGAUUCUUCACAUCCUUGGGAAAGGUCAAAGUUACAAACUGAUUUUUUUUUUGCUACAUGAUUGCAUUUAUCUUUUGAAUGCUUGACAAUGUUAAAUGUAUUUAUUAACUUUGUGCCUCUGAAUCUCUGUUCUCAUGUGCCAUUUUGCAGUGAUCUGAGAUGACUUAUAAAAACAAAAAUGCAUAUGGCUCUUUCUAUCCGUGCAGUAAUAGUGAGUGUAAAAUCUGCUUACUUCACUAUUGAACACUGUUAUGUUAACUAUCCGGAGUAAAUAAAGAAGCUUAUAAAAAGAGGGAAAAGUGUUUUUACAAAACUGAUUUCCUUUCCUUUCUUGAUAUCUCAAAUAAUUGGUUAAAUUUUUUCUUUGUGAUUUAUGCUUUCAUUGCUGGAGAAGUUGUGCCAAAAUAGGCAAAGUUUACCAAUACUGGCCUAGGACCCAAUAUUCCAUUUGGGAACCAACCUGACAUAAUUUCCAGGCCAUAAUCUGAUUUCAAAGCAGCAGAUAGUAGGAGUGUGUCAGAGUUUUUAAAUCCAUAGUAUUGUACCACUAAAUAACAUACAUUUUCUGCAAUUGUGUUUACCCGUACUAUUUUUAGAAAGGUAGGUGAUGCUAUAUUUGUCAAGAAUGUAAGAUUUUUUUAAAAAUCUGUAUUUUAAUAAGUUUUCUUUAAAAUAUUAAAGUACUGCAAUCAACUUAAUUGCCAUUUUAUUUAUUUUUUUGCCUGUUGCAGGUGUCUGUAAUGUAGAGCAACAAGUUUAGUGAUGUUUUCUUAUUUCUCCUAAAAUUUCCUAAAUCUUUUACCUUUUCUCUCCAUAGGCUUUGAUUUAAUGUUGAUAUUAAAGCCUGACACUACUGUAUUUUAUUGAUUGAUAUGAGCUAUUUGUAUUCUUGCCAUUUUAAUAAAAAAAAACCAAGUCCUGUCAUUAAUAAUAUUCAUAUGAAGUAGACAAUUUCUCAUUUUAUGGGGUUACUAUGCAGUAUCACUACAGUAGGACAGUGCCCUGAUUUAGGUCUUGUUUAAUCACUAGCGCUCUGAUAUUUUACUAUAAAUUCAUGCUAUAAAUUCACUUUAGUUUGAUUUUAAAAAACCUUGAGGUUUACCUAUCUAGCUCAAGACAGUCAUUAUAGAUUGGUUUUAAAAAAAUUGAAUAAUUUUUUAAAAUAAGAUGUCCUUUUUUAUAAACAUAUUAGAGAAUAAUAUACAAAAAAGUUGUUCUUUCUAAUGUUAAGUAAUAUACUGAUAAAUAUGUGAAAUUAACCUUUGGUAGGUGAUACAAUGACCUAAGCACUAGGUCACCACAGCAUUAAUUUUAGUCUAUGUACCUCCUAGAAGAGCUGACAAGGAGUUGAGUGUCACCUGUCAUUUGUAUUUAACAUAUGUUGUAUGUUGAGGGCAGUAUGUGGGGAGAGGAACAUAAGAGACUAGGAAUGAAGUAUGUGAGAAAAUAUUUCCAUACUUGAUUAGAAGUAUACUGUACUUGACUUUUGCUGUUAAUUACAGAAUAUUUAAAGGAAAAUUAUAUGCUAAUUAUGAAGGGGUCAACAUUUUCCAAAGGUUGGGAAACUGCAACUGUAUUCUAUGUUAAAACUCAAAGAAAGGAUUUUUUCUUAUGGUAGUAUUUAAGAACACAUAUCAUUUUAAAUGAGAUUCUAAUCACUUGAGAUAAAUAUAUAAUAGCCUACUGAUAUGGUAGAGACUACCAUAAAAUACACAGUGCAAAAACUAUAGGAGACAUAUUCUUUUCUUAAUGACAAAAAAAUCUGAAAAAGAGCUCUCAGCUUUGAAAUGUCAUGUUCAGUACAAAGCACCCACUCUUGCUGAAGUAAGGGUGUUUUGAAAGAAGAUUGUUAACCCUCCAAGUUAAAUAUCUCAUGGGCGUUGUGUUUCAUUCAGUACAUCUAAAAUAAAUUCAACAAUGUCUCCCCCUUGUAUCCUCUAUCUUUGUUUCCCAUGGUAGAGUGUCAUCAGCUACCAUGUCGGAUGCCUGAGCCCUGUGCCCACAUGCCAUCUCUGGUCACUCAUUCCCCUCUCACUGCACACAUUCAGUCAACUUCUUACUACACAAUAUUGCUGAAAGAAAUUAACGAAGACCUAAUUAAGUGAAAAGACUUCCCACAUUCAUGGAUUAGAAGGCUUAAUAUUGUUAAGAUGGCAAUAUUCCCCCAAACCAUCUUCAGGUUAAAUACAAUCCUUAUCAAAAUCCCAGUGGAGUUUUGUUUGGUUUUGUUUUUGUAGAAAUGGAAAAGCCAAUCUUAAAAUUUAUAUGGAAUUGCAAGGGAUCCAGAAUAGCCUAAACAGUCUUGAAACAGAAGAACGAAGUUGGAGGAUCCACAUUUCCCAAUUUCAAAAGUUACUACAAAGCUGCAAUAAUCAAAAUAGUGUAGUAUUGGCAUAAGGACAGACAUAUGGAUGAAUGGAAUAGAACUGAAAGUCCAAAAAUAAACCCAUCAUCUAUGGUCAAUUGAUUUUUGACAAAGGUGCCAAGACCAUUCAAUGGAGAAAGAAUAGUCUCUUCAACAGUGAUGCUGGAACACCUGGAUAACCACACGCAAAAGAGUGUAGCUUGGGGCGCCUGGGUGGCUCAGUUGGUUAAGCGACUGCCUUCGGCUCAGGUCAUGAUCCUGGAGUCCCGGGAUCGAGUCCCGCAUCGGGCUCCCUGCUCGGCAGGGAGUCUGCUUCUCCCUCUGACCCUCCUCCCUCUCAUUCUCUCUCUCAAAUAAAUAAAUAAAAUCUUUAAAAAAAAUUUUAAAAAAAGCUAAAGUCUUUAAAAAAAAAAAAAGAGUGUAGCUUGACCCUUACACACCACAUACAAAAAUCAACUCAAAAUGGAUCAUAACUUAAAUUUAAGUGCUAACUACAAAACUCUUUGAAGAAAAGAGAGACAAAUCUUCAUAGCCUUGAAUGACAAGCAACAACACGAAUAGAUAAAUUGGACUUCAGAAUUAAAAUCUUUGUGCACCAAAAGGCACUAUCAAGAAAAUGAAAGAUAAAUAAUUGGACAAAAUUUUCACAAAUCAUGUAUCUUAUAAGGCUGUUAAUAUCCAGAAAAAUAAUUUUUACAACCUGACAACAAAAACCAACCCAAUUUAAAAAUGGGCAAAGGUGGGCGCCUGGGUGGCUCAGUUGGUUAAGCGACUGCCUUCGGCUCAGGUCAUGAUCCCAGGGUCCUGGGAUCGAGUCCCGCAUUGGGCUCCCUGCUCUGCGGGGAGCCUGCUUCUCCCUCUCCCACUCCCCCUGCUUGUGUUCCCUCUCUCGCUGUGUCUCUCUCUGUCAAAUAAAUAAAUAAAAUCUUAAAAAAAUAAAAAAUAAAAAAUAAAAAAAUAAAAAUGGGCAAAGGACUCGAAUAGGCAGUUCUCUAAAGAAGGUAUACCAAUAGUCAAUAAGUAUAUGCAAAGAUACUCAUUCUCAUUAGUUAUUAGGGAAAUGGAAAUCAAAACUACAAUAACAUAUCACUUCAUGUGCACUAGGAUGUCUAUCAUAGGAAAGAUAGACAAUAACAAAUACUGAUGAGGAUGUGGAGAAAUUGGAACCCAUUGCUGGUGGAAAUAUAAAAUGGUGCAGCCACUGUGGGAAACAGUUGAGUGGUUCCUUAAUAAAUUAAACAUAGAACUACCAUAUGACCCAGCAAUUUGACUCCUAAGUAUAUAUCCAAAAGAAUUGAAAAAGUAUUCAAACAAAUAUUUGUACAUGAAUUUUCAUAGCAGCUCUAAUUCAAAAUAAGCAAAAGGUAGAAACAACUCAAAUGUCCAACAACUGAUGCAUGAAUAAACAGAAUGUGAUACAUCCCUACAGUGGAAUAUUAGUCAUAAAUAUGAAUGAAUUACUGAUACAUGGAUAACCCUUGAAAACUAAGUAAAGGAAUCCAGACAUAAAACCACAUAUUUUAAGAUUCCAUUCAUAUGCAGUAUCCACAAUAGGCAAAUCCAUAGAGACAGAAUGCAGAUUAGUGGCUGCCAUAGGGCAAUGGGGAGGGUCUGCUUAGUGGGGACACGGUUUCUAUUUAGGGUGAUAGACAACUUUUAGAACAAGAUAAUGGUAAUGGUUAUACAACAUUACAAGUGCACUUAAUGCCACUGAAUUGUACAAUUUUAAAUGGUUAAAGUGGUAAAUAUUAUGUAUAUUUACCACAAUAAAAAAGUCAUUUUCUCAAGUUUUCUCUGACUCCUGACAUUGGUCUAACUGGGUCAGAUUCUAAAACAUCCAGUAUUUCUCCUUUAGAGGACAGUUAUAAUUAUUUGUGUAAGUAUUUUUCUUGUAUCUGUCUUCUGUACUGUAAGAUACAUCAAGGCAAGGGAUGAUAUCUACCUUCACCAUUGUAUCUCCUAGAGUGUAACACAGUGCUUGACACAUACUAGGUAUUCUAUAAAUUCUUCUGGAACAAAUAAAAGAAUGAAUUAUCCCCAAUUCCUGGCAAGUCUAUCUCAUAAAUAUCUUUGGAAUGAAUCUACUUUUUUCUCACUGUAAUCCAGACCAUAAUAACCCUUAAUCUAGAAUAAUGCAACUGCCUUCUAUUUGCUCUCUCUUCUUUCAGUCAUACUUCCAUUUAAUCCAUUCUGUACAUCAUAAUCAAAGAAAUAGUUUUAUAACACAAAUACAAUCACAUCCCUCUCCACACACAUACCCUGUGAGUACCAAAUCUGGCAUAAUACUAAAGUCCAAGCUCUUUAACAUUGCCCUCACAGGCCUCUCUGAUUUGGUUCUUUUUUUAUCUCUUGACUGUCAUAACUCAUCCCUCCUACAUUACAAUUAUAUAUUAUAGUUAUUCUGAAUUACUUUCAGCACUUGGAACAGUUUAUGCUCUUUUAUCUCUUGGCCUUUGCGCAUGCUCUUUCCUCUGCCUGGAUCACUCAUUUUUUCCUCUCCCAUUCCCCUUCCCAGCCUGGAAAAGUCUUGUUUGGCUUAACAUUGUGUCCUCAGCCCCUGUCAUAGUGCCUGGCACUUAGUAUGUGUUCAACAAGUAUUUCCUUUAAAAAAUGAAAAGAACAUGUCUAUGUUCUAUGUAUUCUUCUAUUUGUUAUUAAUUUUACUUAUCCUUUGUGCUCCAUUGUAUUCUUAUUAUGUGGUCUUGUUUGUAUGACAUACCUGCUAGACUGUGAGCUCCAUGAAGGCAAGGAGAAUAGUCUGAUUUAUUUAUCAUGGUACAGAAUAUGCUAGGAUUAUGGUGGCUUCCAGUUGGUAUAUAUUCAUUGAAAGAAUAUAGAAUGUAGGUGGUUAAAAAUCAUAGGUUUUAGAGUCACACUGCUUGACUCUGAAUCAUGUCUCUACACUUACUAGCUGUGUACUUGAUUAAGUUGAAUUUUCUGAACUUUUUUCCUUAUUUGUAAAAGAUGAGUCUAUAAUAGUA